UGUAAAAUUGUACCGCUACAUUUAUAUUUUUCUAAAUAAGUAAUAAGUUUAAGCAAUUUUAUGGCUGGAAGUAAAGCCCUCAUUAAAUUAACUAUUAAAACUCCUAAAGAGCAAAAAGAUGUUCAUAUUAAAAAAGAUGCAACUAUUGAGGAGUUAAAAAAGGAAGUAUCUAAACAAUUUAACGCACCACCUGAGCAGUUAUGUAUGGUAUUUGCUGGUAAGAUAUUAAAAGAUAAUCAAAAUCUUACAGAUUUAAAUAUUAAAGAUGGAUUGACAAUCCACAUGGUAGUUAGGAUACCAUACACACCUAUUGAACCUACAACACAAAUGCUGAAUACACAAAAUGAAAAUAAUCUUAAUCCUAACAUAAAUUUAACACCAUUUGAUUUGGGCAGUAUUGGUGGAAUACCUGGACUUGGAAACUUAAAUUUAGGAUCAUCUAAUCUUUCUGACUUGCAACAAAGGAUGCAACAAGAAAUGCUUAGUAACCCUGGCAUGAUGCAACAGAUUUUAAACAAUCCCAUGGUUCAAAAUCUGAUUGGUAACACUGAUAUCAUGCGAGAACUUAUAUCUUCUAACCCACAAAUGCAAACCCUUAUGGAAAGGAAUCCUGAACUGACUCACAUGUUAAACAACCCUGAAUUAAUGAGAGAAACAAUGGAAUUAGCAAGGAAUCCAUCCAUGCUUCAAGAGAUGAUGAGAAACCAGGACAGAGCCUUGAGUAAUUUAGAAAGUAUCCCAGGGGGUUAUAACUUGCUCAGACGAAUGUACACUGAUAUACAGGAACCUUUUCUUAACGCCGCCACUGACCAACUUGUUAGCAAUCCCUUUGCUGCCCUUAGAAGUGAUGAAAACAAGCAAACUUCCACGAAUACUAAAGAAGGAGAAGAAAAUAAGGGACCCAUGCCUAACCCUUGGUCUAGCAAUAACCCACAAGCUGAUAACGAAAUGUCUCACUCAAUGGAUACUUCAAAAACCGGUUCAGGAUCAGGUGGAUCUAACAAAACACUGCCCGCUUUCAAUUCACCCUCGAUGCAAAGCCUCAUGCAACAAAUGGCCUCUAACCCUACCCUAAUGCAAAACCUUAUGAACAGCCCUUAUAUGAAAACUACACUUCAAACACUUUCUCAGAAUCCUGAUAUGUACCAAAAAAUUAUAAUGUCGAAUCCUCUAUUCGCCAACAACCCACAAUUGGCUGAACAAAUCAAAAGCCAACUACCGAUGUUCACUCAACAGAUGCAGAAUCCCAACUUUCAAGCGGUAUUGAGCAACCCAAAAGUUAUGAAGGCUUUGGUUCAAAUCCAAGAAGGUUUGGCCGUAUUGCAAACUGAAGCACCCUCCCUCCUUCCAAACUUGGGCAUCCAGCCUCAUUCGUUUGGUCUCCCUACAUCUGUUAGCCAAUCGGCGGAUCCCAGCCAAUCAGCGAAUUCUGGACAAACUUCCGAUCAUCCUAAAACAGAGGCGAACGAUGACGCUGUUACGCGUUUCAUCAUGACUAUGAUGGCAUCGAAUAACUCAGGUGAGGCCAGCAAUCAAAACCCAUCACAGAAUUCCAUUAGCGAUUCACUUUCUAACAUGUUAGGCCAACCAGAUUUCUUCAAUCUGUCUCAAGGAAGUCUACCGAGCCCUCAGCAACCCAUAAUUAAUAACAGAGGGGAAGAGGAUACUUACAGAUCACAGCUUGAACAAUUGACCUCUAUGGGAUUCAUCAAUAGGGAGGCUAACCUUAGGGCGUUAGUAGCAACUUUUGGAGACGUCAAUGCCGCCAUAGAUAUGCUUAUCAAACAACAAGCUUUAGGGAAAUGAAUUGUAACUUAUUCCUUUUAAUAAAAAAAAGGAAGAUAGAAUUUGUCAUAUUAGUAAAUCCUUAAAAUUUAUCAAACAAAUUAUUAUAAAAGCUAUAAUUCCAUUAAAUUAUUUCAAUUUUUCCUUGUUUAUUAAUUUUUAUAUAAAGAGCUCAAUAAAUUGCGAAAUUUCAA